CCCUGCACAGCCCCCCUGCUCCUGGCAGGCCUCCAUGGGCGGGCGGCUCGGUGCUCUCGGUUCGGCGUUGACUGGCAAGUCCCCUUGUCUGUCACGCAGAAAGCCCUCCUCCUUAGGAGGGAUUUAAGGGGCUUUCUAUGGCUGUAGACUACAAGGACAAAUAGCACCCCCAAGCCCCAGAGCUCGGGUAUGAGGCUCCUCGCUCCACCGGGGCUCAUGGGGAGAAGAUGGAAGGAGAAAUUUCAGUCUAAAGCCGAUGAGCUGAGCUGAAGGCACUGCUCCAUCCUUCCCACCACACAGGCAAAAAAAUGUGAUCAGAGGAGCCGACCAGCUGAGCAGCCUGCCAGCGCCUGCAUCCUGCUCCCGCUGCCUCGCAUCUCCUCCUCUCCCCCUUUGCCUCCUGCAAGAACAAGCCUUUCAUUUGCAAUCUCGACUCCCGACAAUCCUUGUCAAUAAAUGAGGGAGCAUAAUGCUGAACAGCAUCACCGAGGGCUUCCUCUGCUGCCUGAUGGGCAAGACGACCAACGCCGUGGGGCCGCUGGACAGCGUUGAGUCCAGCAAUGGCUACAGCUUCCUGGAGGUGAAACCGGGCAGGAUCCUGCGAGUGCGGCACAGCGCUCCGAGCCGCCCGCCCGUCGAGCCGCCCGAGGAGCCCGGAGCUGCAGAGCGGGGCACGGUGCACUGCAAGCGCAAGAUCACGCUGUACCGCAACGGGCAGCUGGUGAUCGAGAACCUGGGGGACGCCGUGCGCUCCGAGAUCCUGCACUGCUCCAACGGCGCGGCCGAGCCCAGCAGCACCGUGGAGCUGGAGCUGUCAGAGCUGGCCGGCCAAGGCCCGGCGCAGGGCUCUGCUGGCACGCCGGGAUGCGGCACGCCGGGAUCCGGUGCACGCGACGCGGCGGCCGGCAAGCGUCGGAAGCGCAAGCCCAAGAAAGUCAUCAACAUCGACUGCAAGAAGCAGAUCACCAGCUGCAAAGGGACGCACGGCGACGUGGUCCUGUUCUUCAUCCACGGCGUGGGCGGCUCGCUGGACAUCUGGAAGGAGCAGCUGGACUUCUUCACCAAGCUGGGCUACGAGGUGGUGGCUCCUGACCUGGCCGGCCACGGCUGCAGCUCGGCCCCGCAGAUCGCCGCUGCUUACACCUUCUACGCGCUGGCUGAGGACAUGAGGGCCGUCUUCAAGCGCUACGCCAAGAAGAGGAACAUCCUGAUAGGGCACUCGUAUGGGGUUUCCUUCUGCACCUUCCUAGCCCACGAGUACCCCGACCUGGUGCAUAAAGUGAUCAUGAUCAACGGAGGGGGCCCGACGGCGCUGGAGCCCAGCCUGUGCUCCAUCUUCAACAUGCCCACCUGCGUGCUGCACUGCCUGUCCCCGUGCCUGGCCUGGAGCUUCCUCAAGGCUGGCUUUGCCCGCCAGGGUGCCAAAGAGAAGCAGCUGCUGAAGGAAGGCAACGCCUUCAACGUCUCCUCCUUCGUGCUGCGCGCCAUGAUGAGCGGGCAGUACUGGCCGGAGGGCGACGAGGUGUACCACGCCGAGCUGGCCGUGCCCGUGCUGCUGGUGCACGGCAUGCACGACAAAUUCGUGCCGGUGGAGGAGGACCAGCGCAUGGCCGAGAUCCUGCUGAUCGCUUUCCUGAAGGUGAUCGACGAGGGCAGCCACAUGGUGAUGAUGGAGUGCCCUGAGACGGUGAACACCCUGCUCCACGAGUUCGUCCUGUGGGAGCCCGAGACGCCAGCUGGGGACGGGCAAGGAGAGAAGAAAUAAGCCGCGUCCGACUCCGUCACGGGGACGCACCGGGGACGCAAAGCCGGACACCAGGCGCGGCUCGGAGCCGGUGCAGCCAUUUACUC